UCUUUUUGUCUGUUUAUUGCAACGAGAAAAUUUUCAUUUUUUUCGAAAUUUUAAAAUUUUUUUUAAAAAAAUUACUAAAUCAUGGCAGAAUUAACAAAAUCAUUAGCAUCGACUAGAGAACGUCGAUCAAAUGCCGGUGCUAAUAUGUCUAAAUUGUUGGACAAAGAAGAAGACGAUGAAUUCUAUAAAACACAAUAUGGUGGAUUUGAUGAGGCCGAAAAUGAUAAUGAUUUUUCUGUAUCCGAUUCAUCGGAUUCGGAAAAUGUUAUCGAUUCAGAUUUUGAUAUUGAUGAACAUGUUGAUGCAGUUGUCGAUGAAGAUGAAGUUGAAAAAAUUGUUCAACAAGAAGAAAAACGUGAACGUCAAGCUGCAACAAAACGCAAAUCAUUUUAUCGUGAACCUAAACCAAAAAGUUCAACAAUAAAAUCACCUACAUCUGUUGAACACCGGCGUCCUGUUCGAACUUCACUUCUUAGUCCAACGUCAACGGUUCGAAAAACAACGCUUCGUUCGGAUGAUGCACAUUCGCUUUAUAAAAAUCUUCGUGAAUCAACAAAAAAAUCAUCAAGAGAAACGAAAGAAAAUCUUGAAGAUGAACGACAACGAAAAUUAAAAUUCAAAUCAAAACGUAAACAGCCAUAUCGACAGCCAACACAAGAAGAACGUUUACGUGAAGCUAAAAGAACCGAAAUCGAAAACAAACGUUCACUUGAAGCAUACAAAAAUAUGGAAAUAGAAAAAUCCAAACGAAAUAAAACGACUAAAAAAAUACCGAAUGUUCCAAUGAUUCGUUAUCAAUCAUAUCGUGAAAAUUCUAAAGAUUCUGAUCCAUGUUAUCGAACAAUCAUUUCAUUUCCUAAUGAUGAAAUUUUUGAUCAUUAUUUUGGUAGAUAUAAACAAGAAUCACUUAAAUCGGAAAUUGAUCAACAACCUCGAAAACGUUCCAUAUCUGUUCUUUCUGGACUGCCUAUACGUUACAAAGAUCCACUAACUGGAUUUCCUUUUGCAAAAGCAAAAGAAUUUAAUGUUAUUCGUGAUUCAUAUAUCAGAUAUUUGGAACAAUCUACUUUACGUGAUGAUGUAACAAUUAAAAAAUUCAUAGAAUCAUAUCAAUUAUCACCAGUAUUGGAAUUAAAAUUAGAUCAAUCAAAUCAACAAUCGAAAUUUGUUAUUGCCAACAAUUCUAAUCAAUCACAAGGAACAACGACAACGACAACGAAUUUGAUCAAAGGAUCUGCUGCUAUCACAACAAUGGCAAAAAUUCAUUCAACAAAUGAAACAAUUCGUGAUGUUUGUAAAUAUCGAACAUUGAAACCAAAAUUACCAAUAUCGGUUAAUACGAAUAAUACUAAUAGUCCUGUUUCAUGGUUAGUGAUUACAACCAAUAAUAAUAAUAAUAAUAAUGCUAAUAAUAACAAACCACAAGUUCAACAAGUAUCAACUUCUUCAUCAUCAUCAUCAAUUACUCAAUCUACAAGUAAUAAUAAUAAUGCACAAUAAAAUUUUGCAAAUAAAAU